CGUUAAUCAUUAGAUUUACAUAACAAUGAUGUCAGAGAACAUGCUUUGAACACAUAUUUUAAUCAAAUGUGUUUUUGAUGCUAAUGAUUGAAGAAGAUGCCAAAAACUCAAAAUAAAACACAAUAUAAAAACAUAACUUUGACUCAGUGGUAACAACAAGUCGAGUCAGAUCUUGUUAGAACCAUGCAUUUGAAGGUACUUUUAAUAGUACUUCUCAUCACACUUGUUGUGGACAACUCAGAUGCAAAGAAGAGGAGAAAGAAGAAAACAGGAAACCAGAUUGCUACAUGCAAGAAAACGGACAUUGAAAAUCUUGUCUCAAAAUUGAAUGCCCUGAGAACUGACACCCAAGGUUGCUGCGAAAGAAGUGAGGAUGAUGCCGCCCUAUAUAUCAACCUGAUAGAGAUUAAGAACAACGUGACCAAGGCUAGGACAAUCAUUGAAGAAGUGAAAACUGAUGUUGAAGAAAUGAAAAACGAUGUCACAGUGAAGCAAGACAUUGAAGAGAUGAAAAAUGAUAUUGAAAAGAUGAAAAUUGAUACUUCCUUAAUGAAAGAACUCUUGGAGAAGAUGCAUAAUUCACAAUGUGAAUCAGCAGCCACCAAUCCUCCCGAACCUGAGACAACAGAACUGCAACAAACAACUGAAGUAACAGCAAAUUAUCCCAUCGACUGUAGCGACAAAACUGGCUUUACUGGAGUAACGAUAAUCCAACCAGAGGGGCAAGAUUCAUUCCCAGCAUACUGCAGUGAGAGAUGUGUCUACAUCACCAGACGCUUUGAUGGGAGUGUCGAUUUCUAUAGAGGAUGGGCUGAAUAUCAAGCAGGAUUCGGGAAUCCAGAUGGAGAAUAUUUUGUUGGCUUGGACAACCUUCAUGGUUUAUUGGCACAGGGGAACUACAGACUACGAAUAGAGCUAACCACGUGGCCUCCACAAAAUGAAACACGUCACGCUGAAUAUUCAACAGUCAAGGUGGCUGAUGCAAGUGAUAACUAUCGACUGACCAUAGGUCAAUAUAGUGGAAAUGCAGGGAACUCUCUCGGCAGGCACAAUGGUAUGCCAUUUACUACAAAGGACCGUGAUAAUGAUCCUAAUUCUGAUAACUGUGCUAUUAGAUUCAAAGGGGCAGGGUGGUACACUAGUGGAUGUCACAACACAAAUCUGUUUGGUUCUUACAGCAGCGGACCUGUUUGUCCUGCCCGUGGUGUGUGUAUGAGUUGGUACCACAUGUUUGGGAACCAUUCUCAUUCUCUCAAAAAAGUUGACAUGAAAAUUUGUCCAGUAUAAUGCAAGCUCUACUUUUCAAAAUGUUUUCCAAAUGACAGAAAACACACUGGAUGAAUAACAUAGGAAAUGUUAUUUGCAUUUUCAAUUUCAUGUAAUGUUACAUGAUGAAUAAAUAAAUAUAAGUUAAGUGCCUGAACUAAAAGAAA